CCCUCUGCAGGCUGUGAGGUGGUACUGCAUCCGUCCGCAUGACGUCAUGCAGGGUGCGGUCUGCAGCCGCUUCCUGCUCCGUCACGUCUGCGAAAGUGAGCCCUUCAUGUGGCUCUUUUGUUAAGGCGGAAUGCGAUCCUCUGAGGCCCCACCUGAAGUUAAAUUGCGAAAACUGUUCAGACAAAUGUUUUUUUUUUAUGUGGAAUUAAAACUUUUAUAGCCCAAGAAGAUUUGAAAUAUCCACGCUUGCCAUAAUUCAUUAGAGUUUUGAUUUUUGAAAUACAAAUAUUUAAUUUGUGUAACUUUGUGCCCUUUUCAAUAAUUUUCAAAGUAAAAAUUUUGACCUCAGAAUUUUAACAGAGAUGUUUACCUAAUUUCCGACUCUUUUCUCUUUCCGUUGUGUGCUGAAAAGACUUCUGGGAGUUUUUUUCCCCUCCAUCAGAAAAAGCCGGACAAGAUGUUUGGCAGCUGAGCGGACGCCGCUGCACCGCACCGCACCGUUUGGUUGAAUCCAGGACGCCCAUUUGCUUAUCCCCGAGAUAUGGCGGCUGACGACAAGCUGGCCAUCCUCCCGGACGACGAGGAGGAUGCAAAGAAGAAGAAGAAGUACGUGCUGUCCGAGCCCUUCAAGUACUUGUCUAUGGAGCAGCAGGGGGAGCAGGGCGCCCCUGAACCGGACCCCCAGCCGGAGCCGGUCCAGGACCUGCAACCUGCCCCCAUGGACUGUUGUGAGAGGCUGUGCCUGCGCGUCAACAGCCACCUGCUCAUCUCCAAAGUCUUCUACUUCUUCUUCUACGCCGCCUACGGCUCUCUGCACCCCCUGCUGGCGGUGUACUACAAGCAGCUGGGCAUGUCGGCGAGCCGCAGCGGACUGCUCGUUGGCAUACGAUACUUCAUCGAGUUCUGCAGCGCCCCCUUCUGGGGCAUAGUGGCCGACCGGUUCAAGAAGGGCAAGGCGGUGCUGCUGUUUUCCGUCUUGUGUUGGCUGGUCUUCAACUGCGGGAUUGGGUUCGUGAACCCAGCAGACAUGCAGUGCGUGGAGGUGAGUGGGUCCUCGACCACCACGGCGGUGCCGACCGUUUCCAACGUCACGCAACCUAGCAACUCCACCAACCCCACCAGGAACCGCAGGAGUGUGCUGGACUGGACCGUCGGCGUGCUCCUCAGACACGAACGUAGCGUUGAGCUCAAUGCCACCUCGGCCCCCUACAGCCCCACCAACUCCACUGAGAACUCCACCGCACCCUCCACCACAACCAGCACCCAGCCUCCUACAACCCCAAUGAAGGAGUACCAGAUCGUCUUCAACCAGGACCAGGUGGAGGCCAUCUUCCUCAUCAUUCUGCUCGUCAUCAUCGUAGGGGAGUUCUUCAGUGCGCCCGCCGUCACCAUCGUGGACACGGUCACCCUGCAGUACCUGGGCAAGGCCCGAGACCGCUACGGCCUGCAGAGGAUGUGGGGCUCCCUGGGUUGGGGUCUGGCCAUGCUCCUGGUGGGGAUCUGGAUCGACAACACCCACGUGGUCAUUCAGACCCACAUCGAGGGCUGCGUCCCGCCGGAUUAUCGCCUGCACAACUACCGUAUCGCAUUCAUAGUCUUUGGCGUCCUGAUGGGCGUGGCCUUUGUGGUGGCCACGCAGUUUUAUUUUGAGCCCGGUGCGGACUAUACGCCGGAGGUCCCGGACGUGGUGGAGGAGUCCCCGAACUCCCAAACCCCAACGGACUCCAGCUCCUCCAACCAGACCCCCAACGGCUCGGAGGCGCCCCAGGAGUUCAACUACAGCGACCUGCUGAGGCUGCUGUGCACAGUGCGCUACAGCUCCGUGCUCUUCGUGGCCUGGUUCAUGGGCUUCGGUUACGGAUUCGUCUUCAGCUUCCUGUACUGGCACCUGGAGGACCUGAAGGGGACCACCACGCUGUUCGGGGUCUGCUCCGUCCUCAGCCACAUCUCAGAACUUGGCGCCUACUUCACCAGCCACAAGUUCAUCGAGCUGGUGGGCCACGUCCGAGUGCUGUACAUCGGCCUGGCCUGCAACACCGCCCGGUAUCUCUACAUCUCCUACCUGGAGAACGCCUGGAUCGUUCUGCCCAUGGAGGUCCUUCAAGGGGUGACCCACGCCUCGGUGUGGGCGGCGUGCAUCUCCUUCCUGAGCGCCGCCGUCCCCCCGGCUCUGAGGACGUCGGCUCAGGGGAUCCUGCAGGGGCUGCACCUGGGGCUGGGCCGUGGCUGCGGUGCCAUGGUGGGAGGAGUCUUUGUCAAUUAUUUUGGCGCCGCCGAGACGUUCCGAGGAAUCGGCAUGGCCUCCCUCGUCAUCCUCCUCAUCUUCUCCCUCAUCCAGUGUCUGAGUGAAGACGGCAGAGAGAAAGAGGACAAAAUCUUGGCGGAGAACAUCCCGGUUCCGUCCAGCCCCGUUCCCAUCGCCACCAUCGACCUGGUUCAGAACCACAACCAGAACGCUGUGGAUAGCCCCGUCCCGGCCCGCCCGGCCACAGCGCUGCUCCUCAAAAAGACGAAGCACCAGCAGGACCAGGAGGACCCCAUGAAGCCGGCGUGGGUGCUCUCUGGCGCCCCCUGGGUCACCAUUUCCUUCGCCAUCGUCCAGAUCAGAGAGAUGAUCAGCCUGAAGAGGAGCAGCCGAGCCGCCACAGACGACCAACCGCCGGAGGUGACUGAUGAGGCCCCACCUCAAACCCAGGAGGCGCCAACGGCGAGCGGCGGCCAACAGGAACUACAAAGAAGCAACGACGACUCGCAACCGACGGACCAAACCCAGCCCGCCUCAGAGGGAACCCCCCCCUUCAUGGAGGAGGACACUCAGCCACACUUGAGCUGACCUCCGUCACGGAGACGGAUCUAAACUCUGUAUUUAUACCCAUAAUUAAGACCUGGAAAUUAUUGGGAUCUAAGUUAUUUAUUUGAAUUUUUGCGGGUUUGUUUGGGUGGCGAAGCGGAAGUCCCCCCCCCCCCCCUCCUUAUUUUCAUCGUUUUGCCUGGUCUGAUCCGUAAAGGUCAGACACGCCUCUUUAUAAGCUAUUUAACCCGGUUUCCCUCAAAUCUAGCGGAGUGUUGCUUCAAUGACUCAGCACUUUGAUCCAGAAACAUGACGCUGCGCCUCUAUGGUGAAAGCAUCAAAGCUGACUCGGCUUUAACCUUCAUUUACUGUAGGGAACGGUCGACAAAUACAGUUCAACGUCCAGAGAGUUCACUUUUUUGACGUUUAGUUUGUAUUUGGACACUUUUCAGGAAACGAAGCAGGUAGUCGUGUUAAAUACGGUUCAGAAAUGAGCAUUUUUUUCCUUCAAAAAUGACUUUAUUUUUCAAAAAACCUAAACGCUAAACAGACAUCAAACGUUUUUGUUUGAUUCUGGGGCCGACCCGAAAGUAUUUGAGAGUGAAAAGUGCCUCGUGGAUGUCUAAAGCUGCUGUAGAAACACUCCAGUGUGGAUUUGCUUUGCAAACGCUGACAGAAAGAAAAAGAGGAAUUCAGCAGCAUUUGUGAGCAUCUUUAUUUUUCCGCACACAUUUGAUCAGUGAGAUUCUGGACUUGAAGGCGUCUUUGUAAGCCUCUUAAUCUGAAGUUUUCUUGUGUACGGCACUCCUACGGAGAUCCGUCUUUAACGCCGCCCGAUCCCUACUGUUCAAACUGCCAACGCCCGCGCGGACUCGCCUCUCCACUUCAUGCCAAAAGGUUCCCAGUAUUCAGCGUUUCUGUGGAGGAAAGCCUUAAGAUGAACUCUGUUCAUUGUUUUGUUGCACAGAUGAUUAAAGGAUAUUUUGGAAAAAGACUAAAAA